AUGAUGAAGCACUGUUGUUACAUGAGUUCAGAUAAUGAAUUCGGAACAAGUAGUGAAGAUGAAGUCGUCGAGCUCGUCGUGAGGUAUGUGGUAGAGCAAAAUAUAGGAAAUUGUAUUCCGAAGCAACCUUAUAGGACCGACUCAUUAACUGGUAAACAAUAUGUGUAUAACAUACUAAAUGGGAAUGUGAAUCGGUGCCCAGAAAUACUUCGUUUAGAAGUUGAUGUAUUGUACGACUUGUGUGAUAUAUUGAGAUACCGGGUUUUUUUACGUGAUACUCGUAAUGUUGCUGUUGAAGAACAAGUUUGUAUUUUAUUGUAUACAAUAGGGCACAAUGAAUGUAACAGGUUGGUCGCAGAUCGGUUCCAGCAUUCUAACGAGACCAUAUCUCGUCAUUUCAAGACAGUUUUAAAAGCCAUAUGCAGAUUUUCAAAAGAAGUCAUCAGAUCUCCAAAUUUUGAUGUUAUCCAUCCUUAUAUUAUGAGUAGGCGUGAUAAGUAUUACCCUUGGUUUAAGGAUUGUGUUGGCGCGAUCGAUGGAACUCAUAUUAGUGCUUCAGUUCCAAGUGGUGCAUCACAAAUACCAUAUCGAGGCAGGAAUACCUUGCCCACUCAAAAUGUGAUGUGUGUUUGCGAUUUUGAUAUGUGUUUCACUUAUGUUUUAGCUGGUUGGGAAGGCACAGCCAAUGAUGCAAGAAUAUUUAUGGAAGCUGUCAGCGAUCCGCAGUCAAAGUUCCCGCAUCCCCCUACAGGAAAAUAUUAUGUAGUUGACUCGGGAUAUUCAAAUAUGCUGGGAUACUUAGCUCCAUAUAGAGGACAACGGUACCAUCUCAAUGAUUAUCCCGGAACCAGGUUACCUCUUAGUGCGAGGGAGAAAUUUAACCAUUCACACUCGUCAUUGCGUAAUAUAAUUGAACGGUGUUUUGGAGUACUGAAAGCUCGUUUUCCUAUUUUGAAGAUGAUGCCAUCGUAUAGCUUGCGAAAGCAAAGAAAUAUUGUUAUAGCAUCAUGUGCAAUACAUAAUUUUAUCAGAAGACACGCCAUGGAAGACGAUUUAUUUUUAGAGUAUGAAAUUGAUGACAUGAUUGUUCCUGGUGAAGGGCCGAGUGAUCCUUCUGAAACUACAACUUAUGCCAAUUUAUCUGCUAGUGAAUCUCAAAAAAGAAGACAUGAAAUGUAUUCUUAUCGAGAUGGGAUUCGAACGGGCAUGUCCUUGCAUUACCGCCUGCCUAUGUGA